AUGGGGCGGCCCGGGACCGCGAGCGCAAGGCGCUGACUGCGGCCAGAGCCGGUGCUCCUGGCGGCCGUGGCCCCGGCCACCCCGGCGCAAUGCGCCGCUCGAGCACGGACGAGUCCACGUACCGGCGCAGCCCGUCGCCGGAGGGCAAGGAGCCGGGCUUCACGCGCGGCGGCCCCUUCCGGCGCUGCAGCAGUCUGUAUGGGCGCGCGGGCACCGGGGACGCUGAGGACGCGGGCGGCAGCCCCUUCUUCGGCCUCCACGCGAACCCCGGCCCCAAGGCGGCUCAGGCCCGCUACACGUCGCCCAAGGGCAACAAGUACGUGGUCUUCUACCUGGACCUGUCCUUCAUCUUCCUCCUAGAGCUGAAGCGCUGCAGCAUGGCGCGCGGCUGCCUCCAGGGUGUCAAGUACCUCAUGUUCGCCUUCAACCUGCUCUUCUGGCUGGGAGGCUGUGGCGUCCUGGGUGUGGGUAUCUGGCUGGCUGCUACACAGGGGAACUUCGCCACCCUGUCAUCCUCCUUUCCGUCGCUGUCAGCUGCCAACCUGCUCAUCGUCACGGGCACCUUCGUCAUGGCCAUCGGCUUUGUGGGCUGCAUUGGGGCCCUCAAGGAGAACAAGUGCCUGCUGCUCACCUUCUUCCUGCUGCUGCUGCUGGUAUUCCUGCUGGAGGCCACCAUUGCUGUGCUCUUCUUCGCCUACACUGACAAGAUUGACAGGUACGCCCAGCAAGACCUAAAGAAGGGCCUGCAUCUGUAUGGCACACAGGGCAACGUGGGCCUCACCAACGCCUGGAGCAUCAUUCAGACUGAUUUCCGCUGCUGUGGUGUCUCCAACUACACGGACUGGUUUGAGGUCUACAAUGCCACCCGUGUGCCCGACUCCUGCUGCCUGGAGUUCAGUGACAGCUGUGGGCUGCAUGCGCCUGGCACCUGGUGGAAGGCGCCCUGCUAUGAGACGGUGAAGGCCUGGCUCCAGGAGAAUCUGCUGGCUGUGGGCAUCUUUGGGCUGUGCACAGCACUGGUGCAGAUUUUGGGCCUGACCUUCGCCAUGACCAUGUACUGCCAAGUGGUAAAGGCGGACACCUACUGCGCUUAGACCACGGGCCACCCUGCUUCUCUGCCAAAGGACACCACCCACCAGGGACAGGGCUGUAUCCAAACCUGCCCCACACAUCGCAGGACUUGGUGCUCUGCUGGGCUCAGGGGAGAGGCUGGUGCCCUGAACCCCCAGGACCCAUUCCUGGAAUGCUUCAGCAUGGGCAGCUAUGGGGUCUCCUGCCUACAGGGGAGGGGCUUUGACACUUUUUUAUAUCUUCCAGAGCAGUGUUCACAUGGGAUGGGGGUUCCGGGCCAUGGUCCCCUUCGCCCAAGGACAAUGGGGGAGUAGGUCUGACCUCUUGGAGACCCUGCACAGGUCCUGGUGCUCCAGACAGGCUGGGCCCCCAUCAUCCAUGUCUGAGGGGCUGCAGCUCCAGGUGCAUCCUAAUAAAGUGCGUGAGCAGCCCGUGUCUCCCUGGACGCCUGCAGGAUGGGCAGCCACAAGCCAACACCAGGGAAGCUCAGCAUUAGCUCAGGAGGCGUGGGGCGGGGCCGGGGCGGAGGUGGCGCAUCCCCACCUGCCCAGCCUGUUCUGUUUUGUCCAGAACUCUGACUUACAGUAUUAAGCUUAUUUGAGUUUUGCAAAUGAAGUGGGUUGAUGGAAAGACAGCCAUUGUCAAAGGGCAUGGAGUUAGAAAAAUGGUUAAAAUGUUUCAAACCACCUCCAGGCCAAAUAUCCCUCUAAUGGGGUGAGAAGGAACCCCUGGCUGCAGGGAGGAUGGCCUGGAGUUCAAGGUGGGCCUGAGCUCCUCCAAGGAGUUUCAAUUGCGGCAGAACAUCUAGCCCCUAAGCUACUCCCAUAAUUCCCUAGC